AUGGAUGAUGGAGGGUCUACAACAAACCUAUUAAGUCCAAACAAAGGAAUGGGGGUUGUAACAGGUGUUGGGAUUGAUAAUCCGUCAUCACAAUCAGUACAUGGUAUGGAUCACACAACCACUCCAAAUGAAGAAACAACUAGUCAAAUCCCUAAUGAAAAUGAAAGUGUGAGAGAAAAAAAUAACGAAACCGAUGAAGAUGAAGUACAAUUAACGAGAAAACGGAAAAAAACAUCAAAAGUAUGGGACGACUUUGUUGUAGUUACACUCCGGGAUGGUAAGAAAAAAGCCGAAUGCAAACAUUGUGAGUCAAGGUUGGCUAUUACUGGUUCAGGUCCUACAUCAUCAUAUAAAAGACACCUAAACAGCUGCACCCCCCAUAAACAAUCGCUAAAAAACCAACAAAUACUAAAUUUUCAACCUAGUGGGUGUGAUGUGGAUUUUGUGCCACCAUUGAUCGGACCGGAUACAAAAUAUGAUGAAAACAAGAUGAGGGAGGCCAUAGCUAAUUGGAUACUAAGUACUGAGCAACCGUUUGCUACUGUGGAAGAUGUAAUGUUUGUGAAAAUGAUGAAGACAGCUACUCCAUUGUUUGAGAAAUUAAGCAGAGUUACAAUUACAUUACAGAAACGUGUAUUAAGUUUUGUACAUGUUCCUCCUCCUCGUACUGCGGUUGAUAUUGCCGAUGGUAUUUACAAGUGUUUGCAAGAGUGGGAAAUUAAAGAUAAGAUUUUCACCAUCUCAGUUGACAACGCAGCUUAUAAUGACAAAGCUUUAAGAAGAUUGAAAGAAACUUUUUCGCGUGUAAGAAAACUUUCAUGUGGUGGUAGAUUGUUUCAUAUACGAUGUUGCGCACACAUAUUGAAUCUUCUAGUGAAAGAUGGUCUUGCAAUAAUUGAUCAUAUCAUCGGUGAUGUUCGUGAGGGUAUAAAGUAUAUUAACAAUUCGGAGGGUAGACGUCUAAAUUUUUCAAAGGCUGCACAUCAAAUGCAAAUACGUGAUCGGAAGUUAAUGCUUGAUGUUCCAACACGAUGGAAUUCAACCUAUGAUAUGUUGUGCAUGGCUUUAAAGUUCAAAGAUGCUUUCCCAAGGUAUACUCAAAUAUACCUUAAAUAUGCAGAGUAUGAACCACAUUUUCAUCACUUGCCAACUGACGAAGAUUGGGAAAAUGUUCAAAGCGUGUGCACGAAUAUCAUCUCGGGCAGUGAUUAUCCUACUGCUAAUUUAUAUCUAAUUGAAGUGUUUAGAGUGAAGCAAACUCUUGAUAAAGGUUCAUUAUCUACAAACGAUUUUAUUCGUGAUAUGGUGAAGAAAAUGAAGGAAAAGUUUGACAAGUAUUGGGGUGAGUGUCACCUUGUAAUGGCAAUAGCUUCUGUGUUAGAUCCACGGUUCAAGAUGAAGUUGGUUGAAUUUUGCUUUCCAACACUUUAUCAAAAUUCAGACGAGAACAUUAAAGAAGUGAAGAAUGCACUUUAUGAAAUGUAUUCGGAGUAUUUAGAGAUGCAUGACACAUUAGUUAGGGAAUCUGCAACACAUGGAAGCGAACAUGAAAGAAAUGUUUUAGGGUUGAAUGAAGGUACAUCACUUGGAUCUGGAUGGGAGGCAUUUGGAGAGUUCAUAAAGACUGCAGAUUUGGAGAGACCAGAAAAGUCAGAGCUUGAUAUGUAUUUAGAAGAAGGUGUUUAUAGGGAGAAAGGACAAACAGGAAUGGAAUCAUUUAAUGCUUUAGAGUGGUGGAAUGUGCACAAGUUAAAGUACCGUGUUUUAUCAUUGAUGGCUAGAGAUGUACUUGCAAUCCCAAUUUCUACGGUUGCAUCUGAAGCAACUUUUAGUGCCGGCGGUAGAGUUAUUGAUCCAUAUCGAGCUUCAUUGGGGUCCGACACGGUACAAAUGUUGAUUUGCGGAGGAGAUUGGAUUAGGCAAGUUCAUGGAGUCAAGAAAAAAUUAAAGAAGGAGGAGUUUCCUAUUGAGGUUUUACUGCCUGAGGUGAACACAAAGUUUUGUGUAUCUGAGGAGUGA